CGGUCCAUAUUCUAGAAAAUCUGAAGCCUCCGUAUAUUUGAACCCUCCUAACGUCUCCCUCCCACCAGCUCGUUAUUUUCAAUCCACCGUCCCCUUCAAAACCAUGCUCUCUCAGUCCGAGUUUUCGAUCCUCGACCGCGUCCCGGAGGCGGCAUCCGAUUGGUCUGCUUGUUAUCUUCACGGUCUAGAAAACAGCUACUGCCACUUCCCAGACGGACCUUUUCUGGGAGAACAAACGAGUUCUUCGCUACCAGAGUAGGCAUCACGUCGAUUCUCUGCAAUGUCCUGCCUCUCACUGUCAUUUUCUGCAUCAGUAAUCGUAUCUGCCAACUUACGCUUGUUACCAUGUUCCAGCAAUCGUGUGCGUUGGCUAUGCCAGCUAUGACUGAUCUGUCGAUGUUGCGUAUGGAUUGCCCGAACGCUGCUGUCGUUGUAGGCCACGCAGAUUGUGUGCAAAGUGCAGCAAAUGACUACGAGAUCUCCCAAUACCACUGUCCAAAUCCAGGAUCUGACACCCCUGCACAAUCCAUUCCCUCCGUAACCCCGGUUCAAGCCACUGAGGCCACCGGUCCUGCCUCGCAUCCCGCUCUUGACCAGGGAAACUUAGAAUCCUUCGGCGGCGGUGCUAGUGCCGUCGUUACCUCCACCAAUUCGGUUGGUUCCUUCGCCACCGCCAGCAUGGCAAGCUUUCCGUCGGAAGUUUCCCAUACACACCCCUUCCCAGUUCAGUUCGCGAACUCAGGUCCUCCACAACAGUCCUUCGAUGAUCUAAGGCCCUGUCUUUGGGAGGACGAUCAGGGGGGUAGAUGUGGCGAACUCGUGGGUCGGGAUUGUCAGGACCACCUAGCCUCUGCCCACGGUAUCCUCAAGAUAUCGGCUCGUACGCGCAUCAGAUGCGGUGCUUGUGGCAAGGUGGGGCUGCGCAAAUUUAUCUUAAGGCAUUACAGGGAAAGACAUCUUCGAUUCCCUCGCUCAAAGCGAAAUGCCGCGUAGAACCCAAGGAUUUGGAUUGGAUUGCUGUGUUCUGACGCACGCUCGCGAGAAGGGGUCUCAUUAAUAUAGCCGUUUCAAUUACUUCCUCGUCACCGUUACUCGCCCUUUCAUACGACCUUCCUCUGUUCCAUUCUACGAAUGUGGUUAUGACGAUGCCGAUCCGCCACUACUGUCGUCACAUACCCACAAAUACAUUGCCGUCACAGUCUUUCGGUUUCGAAUGAAAUAUUGGCUAACAAUCAA